CUGGCAGAUAGCAGGAGGGUGGGGUGGGGAGGGGGCGCCACGGGAUGGAGAUCCUGAGCUUGACGAAGGCACCUCGUCAGUCGGUGGUCAAUGGAUCCGGGCUAGGUAAACAACACGGGGGAGGGGCUGUGCCUUAUCUCCCUGCCAGACGCAGGGUGACGUGGGGGGAGAGGGGUAUAUAUGAAACGGGACCUCCGGAGCCCACGGGAGUUAUCCACGCGUAGCGAGAUGAGGACGAUGGGACCAUCUCUGUGCCUAAUGUUCUUCCUGCUCCCGGCGUCCACAAGCGGAGCUGGAGAGUGCUUCUUCAACGCAAAAGCCAUCUGCGAGCACAGGGGUGCCCGGCUGGAGAUCGGGGACACCUGGGUGAAUGAUCAGUGUUACCAUUGCGUCUGCCUCGACCCCUUCGGCGUCGGUUGCUGUGACAAUGUACAGAAACCGGUCGAUUACCCGGAUUGGUGCGAGCUUGUCCAGCGGCCCGAAUCCUGCGAGCUGGAACUCGUCAUGAAAGCCGAUCCGAGGAUUCACUGCAUCGGCCAAUGGACCCCAAAUCGCCUCCACCUCGGCAGAGCGCGCCAGGAGAAGGGACCCUGGUUCUAACCAAGAUACACCCUGGCACAGAGUGCCCCACCUGCGAUGUGAAUCCCAGCAUAUCCGUGACACUUCCAGUGCGUCUGCGUGUCGUCUUAAGUCCGGCCCUUGUUAACAGAGUCCGGCGCAGUUUAAUCGGCAGAGUGACUGGGCCGUGAGUCAAGUCGUUGUCUGUAUGAAGGAGGGAGAGAGGCGCCUCAGUGAAGUCCUGAAUCACUCUGCGUUUCUCUGUCUGUAUACUAUUAAAUAAAUAUC